CAACAUGUGUGCAUCUUCGAGGACAUCUCACUGUACAGAUAGCAUGGCAAUUUCUUUCCGUUGAGAAUUCGAUCAUGGACCUCGACAGGCUCAACCCGCGCCUCGCAGGGACGAGGCAUCGGCAGGCUCAGGAUGCUCGGAAGAUGCAGACGAUCGUCGAGGAGCGGCUCAACAAGAAGGGGCUGAGCGUGCCGCCGUAUGAAUUCCUCGAAUUGAUCGGGAAAGGCGCCUAUGGACGCGUUUACAAAAGCAAAAACCGCGAGACGCAGCAGGAAUGCGCGGUUAAGAUUAUCGAGGUGGAUCAGCAGGAUUAUCGCGCAGGUCUAGAGGGCAAAGAUGAGACUAUCAAGGACUUCAUACGCGAAACUAGUAUUCUAAAGACCCUGAAAGACAACAAAGCUCGAAAUGUCAACCAGAUUUUCGAUGCUUUUAGCGUUGAUACGCAACUAUGGAUCGUCAGUGAGUACUGCCCCGGUGGUAGUCUCACGACCCUGAUGAAAGCGUGCAAUCCACCUGGGUUAGCCGAAAAUUUUGUCAUCCCCAUUGCCAGGGAAGUCGCUAUUGCCUUGAAGUACGUUCACGAUGCUGGCAUCGUACAUCGCGACAUCAAGUGCGCCAACAUUCUUGUGACGGAAGAUGGCCGGAUCCAACUCUGCGACUUUGGCAUUUCAGGUGUGCUCGAAAAUCAGGUCUCGAAACGUACAACCAUCAUAGGCACCCCCCACUGGAUGGCACCAGAGAUUGUGGAGCAUCUUGGAUCAGAGUUUCCUGGCGUGAGCUAUGGUGCUGAGAUCGACUGUUGGGCUUAUGGCUGCAUGGUCUUCGAAAUGGCGACUGGACGACCUCCAAACUCUAAUGUGCCACCGCACAAACUUGGAAUUACACUGAAUAUACGAGCCCCUAGAUUAGAUCCAACGAAAUAUCCGGAAGCGUUAUGUGACUUUACCGCGUUUUGUCUUGAGCAGAAACCGGAGCAAAGGCCGAAUGCAUCUCAAAUCAUGACUCACCCUUAUAUUUUUAACACUGAGGAACAAUAUCCAACUAGUAGUAUCACCAAACUAAUUGAGAAUUUUGCGAUAUGGGAACAGGAAGGCGGUCAGCGUAGCUCAUUAUUUGAUCCAAACUUGGGAGCUCAAGGUCCAGAACAGCUAGACUCGUAUGCUACAGAAGAGGAGUGGAACUUCAGUACAACGGCAGACUUUGACCGCAGAAUAUCUAUGCAAUUUGAUGAGAACUUCGAUAUCAACAACGCAGGUAGCGGCGGAGGUGCAGGCCGAGCUUUCAACUUUCUAGAAGAGCAGAGAAGCAAAAGAGGCGAAGCUGCACUAAAUCGACUUUUUGAUCAAAAUUCCACUCCCUACGCGUAUGGCGAGCGACGAGGAUCAGAUCUGCCUCUUCGUGAUUAUCAAGACAUGUCAACUGGAAAUCGAGAGACGAUGAUCAACCUAGAUGACAUUGGCAUGCCGGACUUCAACCUUCCGAACUUAUCUUUGCUGGAUCCUCCCACUUUGCGACCGAAUAGAAAGCGUAUUGACAGCGAUACCAGCAGUGAGGGAGCGCCAUUCCAGACGGCACGUCGAACGACGCAGGAUUGGACAUCUGGAUUUGCGAGUCAACCACCAAAUGAUGACAAGAAGCCGAGACCGCCAACUAUGGCUUGGAGCUUUGCGGCUGCGCAACAAGAAGCGAACGGAGACAUACCAGAUACAUCGGAUGUGAUCACGCCCCCAGCAGUCAUCCAUGAGACGGCACGCAAAUCUAGCCUAAAGCCAACCGAUCAUGCUGCAAAGCGGGGCACGAUGGCCUGGAGCUUCGCAGAAGCACAGUCUGAGGCAAACAAAAUGACAUCGAAGCACCAUAUGUCGCUCACGGCUCAUGAUGCAAUCCUUGAGCCUUUGCGACCAGCUCUCAGACAUGCUGCAACAAUGCCAGUUGCCAGCGAAUUCCCUAAAUCAGAUCGAUCUUCGUCGCCAGAGCGUGCCUCCAUGAUCAACCUUGAUGAUGCACUUGAAAUCAAUCUCCCUGAUCUAAGUCGUCGGCCGUCGUUUGCACAUUCUGCUACCGACUCUGCUGUCACAGACAUGACACAGGGUGACCCAUUUGAUUUAGAAGAGCAGCUCGAGUUGUCACGAGAGGCGAGCCGAACUUCGCUGCACUUGAAAUCACAGUCGGAGCCCACGGUAAAUUUCUUAGAAGGCAAGCCUGGCAGGGAUGAUUCGACUAGCAUGUACAACUCAGAUAUCGACACGUCGACUCACAAUCGCAGCUCGAGCCUGAAUCAAUCCGACCGCUCUGAUAGGGAUAGGAGCACAUCCAGACCACCUGGUGGAGCUUCAACACGCGUACGAGCACGCAAGCCAACAGCAUUGCAAAGACAUCUUGCCGAUCGCGCCAGAAUGCCUAAUAGCGGUGACAGCACAGUAGCUUCGUCACGGGGUGGAAGCAUGGAUUCAACAGGCAGCAUUAUACCGAUAGGAGGCCAUGCACAUAAUCUUAGCUUUGGCGCUUCAGACGAAGAGCUUCGCAAAGAAGAGACGGCAUUAUGGAGUCAAGUUCGCUCACGACAUCACCGCCAAAAAACGUCGGACGGAGCAUCGACGAUUGCAUCGAACGCAAGCCGAAGUGAUAGCGAUGGGAUCACGAUGCGUCCAUCCUCGCGACCGUCACGGAUAAUGGGUAAUUGGAAACCUUCAAAAGGCUCUGACGGUUACAUCCUACCAUACGAACCGGACAAGCGACUACUGCUGCCCGAUCCCCCGGAAGACCUGGCGAUACGUGAAUUUAGCAGGCUGUGGUUCAAUUUACAAGCUAUGAGCAGUCAGAAUGCAGACCUGCUAGAAAAGGAGUAUGGCGGUACAAUUGACGACGCCGAGCUGGAAGCUGAGUUCGGACCCAGGGCGUUGUGGGCUGCAGUGGGCGCUGGGAAGUUGCCCAUUGUUGCCGGAAGCGACAGUAGUAGUGAGAAUCUGAGAUAUAGCGAGGCGAGCACGUUAAGGGGAGAUUUAUAAUGUACUGUAUCAUCUGUUAAUGUUAGCAAGCCGAGGAGACAAGAAUAACAGGAACUCUGGGGUCUGGCUGUGCGUCGCAUGAGCUACACUUUCAAAGUCUGCCGCUUCCUUCUUGUACAAGUCACGUCCUGCAUUACUAGCCAUUGAGCAGCGGAAAUACGCUCACUGAGAUAUGCAGUGCAUCAAAGGGAUACUUUGGAUACAUACGGUAACACGCUACGAAGAAGAUUAUGAGC